AUGUCGAAUCCGGCGUCUCGCAUGCACUGUUUGUGCGCCUCCGAUGAAUUUCCCGCAGUGUUCCUCACCAUUUUGAAUGAUGCACUCGCCGCCAUGGUGGGACUAUUCGGAAAGAAAAAGGACCCGAAGGAGCAAGUACGAGAGCUGCAGAGAAAGAUGCGACAAGAGAUGAGGACGCUCGACCGUCAAGUUUACAGCAUUCAACGUGAGGAACAAAAGCCCAGCCAUCGGCAUUCGUCGACCACAAUCAGACGCGAGAAUGGGUGCUCUCCUCGGCCUUUCACAGUCCUCUCCACUGCUCCCGCAUUUGUUGUCGCCCUUCCACCGGUGGAAGAUCCAGAGAGCUCAGCAGAGCCUGCCACGGUCGACAUCGAGUCGAUGGAAGAGUUUGUAUGCAAAUGGGCAACAUGCGGGAAAGAGUUCACAACCAAACAGCCCUUCUAUGAUCAUGUUAAAACCAUUCAUGUCAAUCCAAUUAUUGAGUACAUUUGUGAGUGGGAAGAUUGUAAGAGAAAAAAGAAGCCCUUCGAAGCUAACUACAAAAGCAAGAAGGGUUGUGGCUCAAAAUAUCGUGAAAGCAACAUCAGGCCUGGCUCUGGAGGGCGAGAAGGUGAGACGAGUGCGAAAAAUGGAAACGAGAAGCCGAUCAGUGGGCUUCGGCUCAACGUUGAAGGAUAUCUCACUGCUGCUGCAGAAUUGGGAGAAAUCGCAGAAUCGGAAGCAAUUGAGCUGGGACUUCCAGAAGGGAGGCGUGAAGGCAAUCAAAUCUACAGAAGUGCCAACUUCGGGCCGCUUUAUGAACAAACUGGACGCAUGCGGGUUGCUGGCUAUGAAGAAGAUCAAGACAUAGCUGAGGUUGUUAGUGUAAAAUCAAUCAGUGAGCAAGUUCGAGCCAAACACCAAAACGCCCAUUCAGAUGAGAAGCGUUACCUGCGCGGUUAUCAAGGAUGUCCGAUGGCUUACACCGAUGGACAACGAUGGACAAAUGGCCCUGACUCGGCAGGACCUUCAUCGGAAUUGGAA